AUGCGAAAGGCCGAGUGUCCCUGGCCCGACUUUUUGGAAGGCCUGGACGGCGGCGGUGUCCAUCACUACCUAUUCUAUAGUCAACACGGCGAUGAGAAAUUUCUAGGGCCUUUCACCGGCGAACCUGCCUUCAUAGCGGGGCUGGUCGGUAAUUAUCGAGCCUUGGUCGAACGCAAUAAUCGGCCAGACUACAAGGCUCGCUUUUACGAGAAAUACCUCGCUCGCGUCCUGUGCAGGGUCACCGGCCUACAUUGA